AUGGCUUCCAGCCCGCUGCCGGGGCCAAACGACAUCCUGCUGGCGUCGCCGUCGAGCGCCUUCCAGCCUGACGCCUUGAGCCAGCCUCGGCCAGGCCACGCCAAUCUCAAACCCAACCAAGUGGGCCAGGUGAUCCUCUAUGGCAUUCCUAUCGUGUCGUUAGUGAUCGACGGACAGGAGCGGCUGUGCCUGGCGCAGAUCUCCAACACUCUCCUUAAGAACUUCAGCUACAACGAGAUCCACAACCGCCGCGUGGCUCUGGGCAUCACGUGCGUGCAAUGCACGCCUGUGCAGCUGGAGAUUCUGCGGCGCGCUGGAGCCAUGCCCAUCUCAUCGCGCCGCUGCGGCAUGAUCACCAAGCGCGAGGCCGAACGUCUGUGCAAGUCUUUCCUAGGUGAAAACAGGCCGCCCAAGCUGCCUGACAACUUCGCCUUCGACGUGUCGCAUGAGUGCGCCUGGGGCUGCCGAGGCAGCUUCAUUCCCGCGCGAUACAACAGCUCGCGCGCCAAGUGCAUCAAGUGCAGCUAUUGCAACAUGUACUUCUCGCCCAACAAGUUUAUUUUCCACUCCCACCGAACGCCCGACGCCAAGUACACGCAGCCAGAUGCAGCCAACUUCAAUUCGUGGCGCCGUCAUCUCAAGCUCACAGACAAGAGCCCUCAGGAUGAGCUAGUCUUCGCCUGGGAGGACGUGAAGGCCAUGUUCAACGGCGGAAGCCGCAAGCGCGCACUGCCUCAACCCGGAGCGCACCCUGGCUGUCACCCGCUCAGCUCGGUCAAAGCAGCCGCUGUGGCAGCCGCAGCAGCAGUGGCUGGAGGAGGGGGCCUGCUGGGCCCACACCUGCUGGGCGCGCCACAGCCGCCACCGCCUCCGCCACCGCUAGCCGAGCUGGCGGGCGCACCACAUGCCCAUCACAAGAGGCCGCGCUUCGAUGAGGACGACGAGUCUUUACAGGAGGCAGCCGUUGUGGCCGCGGCCAGCCUUUCGGCAGCCGCCGCCAGCCUCUCGGUGGCAGCGGCCUCAGGAGGCGCUGGGGCAAGUGGGGGUGGCGCCGGUGGUGGCUGUGUGACCGGCGUUGGCGUUGGCGUUGGCGCCGGUGCUGGGUCAGGUGCGGUAGCUGGUGCCAAAGGCCCUCGCAGCUACCCAGUCAUUCCGGUGCCCAGCAAGGGCUCAUUUGGGGGCGUCCUUCAGAAGUUCCCGGGAUGCGGGGGCUUAUUCCCGCAUCCUUACACCUUCCCAGCAGCCGCCGCCGCCUUUGGCUUGUGUCACAAGAAGGAGGACUCCAGCGCCGCGGCUGAGGCCCUAGGGGCAGCUGGCACAGGGAGCGCAGGUGCAGCGCCCAAGGCCGGUUUGUCGGGUCUCUUCUGGCCCGCGGGCCGCAAGGACGCGUUCUACCCACCCUUCUGCAUGUUCUGGCCACCACGGACCCCCGGUGGGCUUCCUGUACCCACCUACCUACAGCCCCCGCCGCAGCCGCCCUCAGCGCUCGGUUGCGCGCUUGGUGACAGCCCGGCCCUGCUGCGCCAGGCUUUCCUGGACUUGGCGGAGCCCGGCGGUACCGGCGGGAGCGCCGAGGCUGCGCCCCCGCCGGGUCAGCCCCCUCCAGUGGUGGCCAAUGGCCCGGGCUCUGGCCCGCCACCACCUGCCGGGGGCGCGGGCGCUCGUGACACGCUCUUCGAGUCGCCCCCGGGCGGCAGCGGGGGGGACUGCAGCGCGGGUUCCACGCCGCCUGCAGACCCUGGCGCGACGUCUGGGGCAGGGGUUUCGUCCACCGGAGCUGGCCCCGCCGGCGCCCGGGUGCCCGCGCCCCACCACCCGCACUUGCUGGAGGGGCGCAAGGCCGGCAGUAGCAGCUACCACCAUUCGAGCGCCUUCAGGCCCGUGGGCGGUAAGGACGACGCAGAGAGCCUGGCCAAGCUGCACGGGGCGUCGGCGGGCGCGCCGCACUCGACCCAAGCGCACCACCACCACCACCAUCAUCACCACCCGCACCACCACCACCACCACCAUCAUCCACCGCAGCCGCCGUCACCACUGCUGCUGCUGCCCCCGCAGCCUGACGAGCAGGCUUCCGAGCGCCAUCACCCAGCUCCGCCGCCACCCCCGCCUCCGCCGCCCCCUCUGGCCCCGCAGCCGCACCACCGAGGCCUUCUGUCCCCCGGGGGCACCAGCUGCAGUUAUCCCAGUGAGGACAGCUCCGAGGACGAGGACGAUGAGGAAGAAGAGCAGGAGGUGGAUGUGGAGGGCCACAAGCCCCCGGAGGGUGAAGAAGAGGAGGAAGAAAGUCGAGAACCUGACGACGAUGAGGAGGAAGACGACGAGACGAGGGUCCUCCUAGGAGACCCCUUAGUUGGGGGUGGCCGGUUCCUCCAGGGCCGAGGACUGCCGGAGAAGGGGAGCAGCCGGGACCGCGCGACGGCCGCCGCGGGCGCUUUCCCACUCGCCCUUAACUCCUCCAGGCUGCUGCAGGAGGAUGGGAAACUGGGUGACCCUGGCGGCUCAGACCUGCCCCCACCUCCACCCCCGCCCCUGGCCCCCCAGAAAGCGAGCAGCGGUAGCAGCAGCCCCGGCAGCCCGGUCCACCAUCCAUCACUGGAGGAGCAGCCCUCCUACAAAGAUAAUCAGAAAACUAAGGAAAAUAAUCAAGUUAUUGUAUCUACAAAGGAUGACAACAACUUUUCAGAUAAGAACAAGGAGCAUAGCUUUUUCAUCACAGACUCCGACGUUUCUGGAGGAGAAUUUUGGAGAGAAAGAUCAGGUGAACACACACAAGAAACUAAUUCACCUCAUUCACUCAAAAAGGAUGUAGAAAAUAUGGGAAAAGAAGAACUUCAGAAGGUUUUAUUUGAGCAAAUAGAUUUACGGAGACGACUAGAGCAAGAAUUCCAAGUGUUAAAAGGAAACACAUCUUUCCCAGUAUUCAAUAACUUUCAGGAUCAGAUGAAAAGGGAACUCGCCUAUCGAGAAGAAAUGGUGCAACAGUUACAAAUUAUACCCUAUGCAGCAAGCUUGAUUAGGAAAGAAAAGCUUGGUGCUCAUCUCAGCAAGAGCUAG